GUCAGUCGGGGGAAGGGCUGGCUGCUCAAGAAAACUAGCGGCGCAGGGUUUGGGUAUUGUCGGGCUUACUGCAGCGUCAACCUGGUUAUCUUAAUCGUUUCGAUCAAAACAAACAGUGAUUUAUCGACAAAGCUUCAGACCUAUCCUGUGUCUUGUGUCUCCCAGGCCUGGGCCUCAAGGUGGGGCAGAGUGAGGUGGGUGGUGGGGAAGAAAGGCCUAGCCCCCCAUCCUUGCAAGAGGCCAGCCCCAGCUUCCGCUCCAGUAUCCCCUAGCCUAAGCCCCUCCAGGACUGAGAAGGGACCAUGAGCACAGGCAAGCCCAGCGGAAUCAAGCCCCCCAGUAAGAUAAGCAGGCCAACUGGGUUACCAACACGCACCUCCCCUUCCUCUGCUGCUUCCAAGCCUGUACCCCCUGAGAAGUCUCCCACCCAGGAUGGAGCAGUGGACUACCGGGUGGGGGAGAAGGUGUGGGUUAACGGCAACAAGCCAGGAUAUGUCCACUUCCUGGGGGAUACACAGUUUGCCCCGGGGCAGUGGGUCGGCAUCGUCCUGGAUGAGGCUAUCGGGAAGAACGACGGGUCGGUGGCAGGUGUCCAGUAUUUCCAGUGUGAGGACGGCAGAGGGAUAUUCACACGGCCCUCCAAGCUGACCAAGACAGCUAUGCCGGAGAGGGAGGCCAAUGGUGGGCAGCCUAACCCUGGCGAGACAGGGGCCAAGUCCCCUAGCUCUGCUGCUGCUGGGGCUGCUACUACCACUGGUAACAGCACCAAGACACCGCUGAGUAGAACCGUGACCGGCAAUGGGUCAAUGUCCAACCUCUCUGAGACCGACUCAGCCAGGAAGACCAGAAGAGAACUAAGACUGGGAGACCGCGUGCUGGUGGGGGGUACUAAGGCAGGGGUGGUGAGGUUCAUGGGAGAGACAGAGUUUGCCAAGGCGAUGUGGUGUGGAGUGGAGCUGGACGAACCUCUUGGGAAGAAUGAUGGAGCCGUGGCUGGAACCAGGUAUUUCCAGUGCCUGCCGCGAUACGGUCUGUUUGCUCCAGUCCAUAAGGUGACUCGUAUCGGCUUCCCCAGCACCCUGGCUAAAGCCAAGGCUUCCUCUCGGAGACGCUCCACCAUGAAGAGGAGUCCCAGUGCCUCCUCCAUGAGCUCCUUGAGCUCUGUCACCUCCUCUGUUAGUGGGAAACCCAGCCAGGCUGGCCUGUUGACAGAGACCUCGUCACGGUAUGCUCGUAAGAUCUCUGGCACCACAGCGCUACAGGAAGCGCUGAAGGAGAAGCAGCAGCACAUCGAGCAGCUAUUGGCCGAGAGAGACAUGGAACGCGGGGAGGUCGCCAAAGCAACCAGCCAUGCGGGAGAGGUGCAGCAGGAACUGUCUCUGCUCAGGAAGGUUCAGGAGCAGAAUGCUAUGGAGAUGGAAGAUAAGCUGGACCAGCUGCGUAAACUGGUGGAGACAGCAGACAGAGACAAGGUGGAGCUGCUCAGCCAACUGGAGGAGGAGAAGAGGAAAGUGGAAGACCUGCAGUUCACUGUGGAAGAGGCUUGCAUCACUAAAGGUGACCUAGAGACGCAGACCAAACUGGAGCAUGCCCAUAUUAAGGAGCUUGAGCAGAGCCUUCUGUUUGAAAAGACCAAAGCUGACAAACUGCAGAGGGAUUUAGAGGACACUAGGGUGGCAACAGUUUCUGAGCAGUCCAGGAUCAUGGAGCUGGAGAGAGAAGUAGCGGCGCUGCAGUUGAGACUACACUCCUCCCAGCAGACAGGGGGCGCUGUGUCGCUGUCACCAGAGGCGUUCAGCAACCUUAAGGCACGGGCCCAGUCCCAGGAGAAGAAGAUCAGUGAACUGAAUGUGAAUCUGGACAGCAGGCAGAAACAGCUAUGCUCUGUAGAAGAGGACAAGAGCUCCCUGGAACAGCAGCUAACCAGCCUGAGACAGAAACUGGACGUAGCAGAGGAAAAGAACAAGAGGACGGCACGAACCAUGCAAGAGCUGGAGAAGAGAGGAGAGCAGACGGAAAAAGAGAGGGAGGCACAGAGAGAAGAGAACCAAGGCAAAGAGAAAGAGCUUCAGGAUAGACUGACGCAGGCUGCUGAGUCAUCAGAGAGGACCGCCCACUCACUGGAGCAGCUGAUCAUUGAGAAGACAGCGGUAGAGGCUCAGCUCGAGGCACUGAAACAGCAGAAUUCCAAAUUCCAGGAAGAACUCAGUCUCUCGCAGGUGCGAGGCAGCUCAGAAAGCCAGCACAUCGGAACUCUGUGCAAGGAAAUUGAGGUACUGAAGCUGGCCAGUCUGACGUCUCAGAACCAGCCAGACAUGAAAGACAGGGAAACUCUGUCCAACCAAGAGACAGAUGAGGACAAGGAGCUGGAGACUCUGAGGGAUGAGAUCGCGGUGCUGCGAGGUGAGAACGCCAUGGCCAAGACGCUGCAGUCUGCCGUGGAGACGCUGGAGAGAGACAAGGCCCAGCUACAGGAACGCGUCACCAGCCUGGAGCAGAGGCUAUUGGGACGGCAGGCCUCCGAGGGAGGGGACAGUGGAGUGCCUUCCUCAGGUGACACAGCUCUGGACCAGUUGAGAGAAGAGAAGGAGUUUGCAGAGGGACAGAUUAACUUCCUGAACAGUGUGAUCGUGGACCUACAGAGGAAGAAUGAGGAGUUGAAGGUCAAGCUGAAGAAGAUGGCUUUGGCUGAGUUCAAUGGCAAUGACGGCACUGAUGGUUUGGAGGAGGGUGGAUCUAAGAAGGACAAGAAGGCUCCUCCUCGUCUGUUCUGUGAUAUCUGUGACUGUUUUGACCUGCAUGACACUGAGGACUGUCCAACCCAGGCCCAGAGCCCCGACUCAGUCCCCCACUCUUCCUUCAAGGGCAAACCUGCCGACCAGCGGCCGUAUUGCGACAUCUGUGAGGCCUUCGGUCACUCCAUAGAGUCCUGCCAGGAAGACCAGACCUUCUAGACACUCAUCUUCUCACCCCAACCAUGCCAGGCCUAGCUUUAGGACCCUUCACAGACCGCCAACACACACCAGACUACUUUCUCUGGGUUUUUAAUAACAUAGUAUUUAUGUCAUAGUCCACUCACAUAACCCCAAAUCACCCGCUACAAAAGACUCUCCUACUAUUUCUAAUACUUCCUCUCUCUAUCUCUCCUUCUCUCCAAUGCUUCUCCAACUCUCCUCCCUCUCUCUAACUCUCCUCCCUCUCUCUAACUCUCCUCCCUCUCUCUAACUCUCCUCCCUCUCUCUAACUCUCCUCCCGCUCUCUAACUCUCCUCCCUCUCUCUAACUCUCCUCCCUCUCUCAAACUCUCCUCCCUCUCUCUAACUCUCCUCCCUCUCUCUAACUCUCCAACUCUCCUAGCUCUCUCUAACUCUCCCUCUAACUCUUUUCCUUUCUCUCUCUCCUCCCUCUCUCCCUAAAUAUACUCCCUCUCUCCCUAACUCUCCUAGCUCUCUCUAACUCUCCUCCCUCCAUAACUCUCCUCCCUCCAUAACUCUCCUCCCUCCAUAACUCUCCUCCCUCUCUCCAACUCUCCUCCCUCUCUAACUAUCCUUCCCUCCCUCUAACUCAUCUCCAUCUCUCUAACUCUCAUCCCUCUCUAACUCUCCUUCCUUUCUUUAACUCUCCUCUUAUCCCUCUCCUCUCUCUAACUCCCUCUCCUACGUCCAGAGAUAUACUGCUGUGGUGCAAGAUCAAUUUUAGGAUUGAAACAAAAGGAAUCAGUUUUCUGUUAUUAGUCAUAAAUGAAUCAGCCUUCUGUGAUUUGUUCCUAAAGUAAUCAGUCUUUUGUUUUUAGUUCAUAAAGGAAGCGGUCUUCUGUUAUUAUUUCAUAAAGGAAUCUAAGUCUUCUGUUAUUAGUUCAUAAAGGAAUCUAAGUCUUCUGUUAUUAGUUCAUUAUUUUAUGUAUUUGUUUGUUUGUUUUCAUAUAGAAAAUGGGUUGGUUUUUGACUUCAGUUCCUACGGGAACUAAACUUCCUAUGUGUAACCGGGCAAGAGGGAGGGCAUUUGACGCAGACAUACGCAUGGUAAAUGGCCUGGAUGCACCAGACUGGUUCACUGCUAAUAGCACUAUUAAUGUUUCUCUAACACAUUCCUGUCUUUCUCAUGUCACAUGUCACAGGCCCAGACAAGGACCCUAGGGAUGUCCACACCACAAAGGGAACAAGCUAGUACCACAGGACACAUCUACUUGUACUACUAGGUUGUGUUCAGUAGGCACCAAAUGGUAGAGAACGUUUUAGAACUGGAGAUAUUUUGGGAAAUUCUCAACAACAAAAAAAGCUCAUUUUCAGUUUAAAAAACGUUUUCUGUUUUCAUGUCCACUCAACAUUAACCUGGUGCUAGUUGCACAAGUUUGUGUUUACCAUCAUGAAUCUUGCUCUGGAGGCAGCUCUGCAGAGUGGUCACUAGCUGGCACAGCCACAAAGUCAUAAAAUCUGAUUUGAACCCUAACCUUAAUCACACUGCUAAACCUAAUGCCUAAUCCUAACCUUAAAUUAAGACCAAAAAGCACAUUUUUGUUUUCAUAAAUGUUCACAAUAUAGCUCAUUUUGACUUUGUAGCUGGCCUAUCUUAGGGGAAAUCUCUCCAGUACAAGACUCAUAACAAUUAAUGUCAACAAGAAGCCAGCCACUACUAACUUACUGCACUACUCAUGUUAAAACUCCCUCUUAGACUACAGGACACACUUAGACUAUUUUUGUUUUAGAAUGGCAGUUUCUAACUUAUUGAUUUGAUAAUAAAUGUCAAGACAGAAUGGUACCUAGUAGUUACUUCACGUUUUAUGUAAAGCCUAUGUUUUUUAUGUAUUGUCUUUUAAAAACUACCUGUAUAGAUAUACAUGUAUUAGAGCUAUGUACUGAAGCACACAGUUUGGAUCAUAUUGAAUCUCCCAGUGUAUCAAAGAUAUGUAUGCUAGAUCUAUGUGACACCUGUCUUUGUAAAUACCCAUCAGACGUUUUCUGAAAGAACAAAAUGUGCACAAGGUGCCAUGGAAACAAAAGGAUAUUUAAUGCGUAUUUUAUUCUUCUGCUUUGUCUUGAUAGGAAACGGACCUGUAUGUUGUUGUAUGAUAAUGCCGUAUCGACUCCAGGGAACAAACUUAACACACUUGUAAAGAUGUUAUUAACUCUAUAAGCACAUUGUUGACUAUUUCUACUUUACUAAGUGACGUGUCUGAUUAGUGCACUGUUUUCUAUGUUACACUUAACAUCAUCUAUAAAGGGUUUGUAAAUAGUUCAAACUUAUAAACCCUUUACAGAUGAGGCCCCUUAAAAUGCUACUGUUUUUCUAUGUUCUGUAUACACCUAAUGAUUCAAUACAACAAAUACUAUAAAAACAAAUACUCCA